AUGUUUCGACGGCCACGCGAAACUCAGCCCGACCCCAUUACCUCGGAAAUCGGUGAGAUACUUACACCUCUGGAUAUCUUUCCAUGGGGACCGCUUGCAAUGCACUACUUGGGCGUUCCCAUUGUCGUAGGUAAUGCUAUGGUUGCAGUCCGUGAUGAGGACUAUGAGCUGGCAUGUCAGAAGCUGAAGGACUGGGCAUUCUACGAAAUAAUCCCUGACCGCUCGAUUCCUCCUGAGAUAUUGGCAACGCUCAGUGAUCCAGAUCAAGCAGUUGAAGAGGUUGAGAGAGAGUACCAACGUCUGGAUAACUCAACUGUGACGUUCGAAUAUCCAACCAAUCACCACCUAGCAGGGAGUCUACAGUUGACGGUGGCCCCAAACUCCUUCGCAAACCUUCCGAUACCGGAUGUGACUGGUGACGUGAAGCAAGAUUUGUUCUCUACCAGUGGCUACGACGUAUAUGGCAAUAUAUGUGAACCACUCGAAGAGGCGUUAGUUGAAAGUUUUGUGAAGGGCGUCAUUGACGAUGAGGACGACGAGAAUGCCGAGUUUUCUGCUUGGGGAGAGACGUUGAGCACCUGGGUGGCCAUGAUAUCUGGAUAUCUUGAGGUUAAUAAUGAUAUUCUCGAUAGAUGUCCAGACGAGCGAGCGGUGAAUUGGUUUAGUGUGCAGUAUGGUCGAAUACAUGAAGAGAAGUUCGGCCCCUGGGAUAGGCGUGUCUCAAAACGACUGGGUUCCGGAAGGGAAAUUCCCGUGGAUAUGAGAGGUAACCUGUUGCCUCAAUGA